AUGUGUUUGCUAGCGAUAGUCCACAUCCUUCUUUGCGCCUUUGGUAAAGCCGACGACCACGGCUUUGCAACUUUACGCACCGGCACCGAUUUCAAGAAACUGCAAUGGUUCAACGUUAUGGUCGUCCAAUUACCUCUCAAUAUUGUCUCAGGUCUAAUUGUCUUCGGAUCCGAUUAUAUCAGGCGCUGCCUACUCCCACCGCCUAAAGAUGAGAUCUGGAAUCCGAAAGGAAAACUCGGGUAUCAAUCUCUCGCAGCCUGCUGGAAGGCGAACUGGCGACGUAAGGUGCUCUGGGUUAUUUUGUCGCUGACGUCGUUGCCGAUUCAUGUCUUGUAUAACUCGAUCAUUCUAACAUCAUUGCCGGCCUACGAUGCAUACGAGGUAUUGGUUGAUAAGGGCUUUUUCCAAGGGCAGUCGUUUGAUUUGUCCGUCCUGAAUGUCACCGAAUUCAAAGAUCAACCUGGAGCAUCGGUACAAUACGGAACUCCUUGGCCUGGUGGCUGGCCUGGAUCCUCGUCGUUGCAGCGUAUUCUCGAUGGUGUACAGCAGAACUCAUCUUCAUGGACAAAUCUGUCGAAUUACGACUGUAGGAGGAACUAUGGUCUUGAACUGUAUUCUAAUUUUCGAACUGUCAUUAUGGUUACCAAUUGGGCGCCAAAUUUGUCCCAAAACAACUCUGGCCUUGCCGUUGGCACACUUCCAGGUUUCACUCCAAAUGGUCUUCCAAGCCGUUUCAUGUCUUUAUGCCCCGAGGCUUACCUUUCUGUGACGCCUAACACGACUAUACCUCCCUAUCCCGUAUACAUUAGCGUAGCAGACAUGCCGGCAUGCAACUCGAUAUUCGGCGCAGAUUGCACAACUUGGCAAUGGAACGGCGUAAGCUACGGGCUCGCCAGUUUCCUGGCUUCUUACUACGCUGCUUACGACUUGUGCUACCUCUACCAUACGGCUCGAAACUCGCCCGAUACAUCGCAGCAUGUACCGCUAUCAUACUGUUUAGCCGAACCUCUGGGAGAAACAAAGGCCAAGCUAGUCUGGAUUAAAUUCAUCACCGAGAUCGCAGCCGUUGCGUUGAGCAUCAAAGCCAUUGCCGUCUUGUGUGCAGCGCGCUGCAUACAAUGUGAUGACAAUGACGGCUUCCCAACGGGCUUCCCCUACUCAUCGCUCGGGCGCCACGCGUGGCUUCAUAUACUUUGCUACGCUGCCGUCAACAUGGGCAUCACGCUCUUCUGCGUCGCCGUGGCGAUGGGGUUCUCGAAUUCCCCGCCUUUCGGGCUCGGGGCAGCGCCCGCGCAUGAUACGGACCGGAAGUUCAUUUUGAGCAUCCUGUUCUUCCAGAACAGUUUACAUGCGAUGAUGGUCGUGCGUGAGUACCUGGAGGCGAAUUACUUUGAGAAGGCGGAAGGGCUAAGCAAAGGGGAGCCAGGGUGCGGUAUUCCUUUACCGGGCGCGCUGUUCUUUUGGAAUCUGGGCUUGCAUCAAUUGGUCUCCGCCUGGUUGGGUACGGCGAUGCUGGAUCGAUACUCGCUUGGUUCUAUCGAGGAUGCGAAUAUGGACCCAACGCCGACGGUGAUCUUGGACUCGGUGUUGAGCGGCCACACUGGGGUUACCAUAAUGCCGGUUAAGGGAACUGGUUGGGGAGGGAUUUUUUAUGUUAUUGUUCCUAUUUUUGCUGUUCUUGGGCAGGUGUUUGGGAUCAAUAUUGUGUAUCAGACAUUUCGACGACGUACGACCAGUCUGCCAACGCCUGCCAGCUCGUCAUCGCGGAGAAGCAGCGUUUCGGAGCUCGAGAUUGAUAGUGUACCGUUGCAGGAAUUGCCCGCGGUUUAUACUCUGAUCAGUAGAGUUAAUCAACAGCUCUUGUAA